GAUCUCCCAAGCGUCAAGGGAAGAAGGGAUUUGAGAAGAAGACACUCAAACGAUAUGCAGGAGAGAAUGAUUGCCCGGAUGGUAAAGUGAGGAAGAAGCGCAAGCGCAAGCGCGGAAGACGACCCAAGGUACUGGGCAAUGACGGGUCUGUAAAGAAAGGAUUUAUUAUAGAAGCAGGAGAGAGUGAUUGCUUUGAUGAGGAUACAACUAUGGAAUCUAAGGGUAAGCGUGGAAGACCACCCAAGUUUCAAGGGAAGACGGGGUUUGAGAGGAAGACACUCGAGCAGCAUGUAGGAGAGAAUGAAUGCCCAGGUGGUAAAGUGAGGAAGAAGCGCAAGCGUGGAAGGCCACCCAAGCUACUGGGCAAUGACGGGUCUGUAAAGAAAGGAUUUAGUAUAGAAGCAGGGGAGAGUAAUUGCUCUGUUGAGAAUACAGCUAAGGAGUCUAAGGGUAAGCGUGGUAGACCACGGAAGGUGCAGGAGAAUAGUGGGGUUGAGAAGAAAGAAAUUAAUGUGGAAGCAGAAGGAAGUGAUCAAUCUGAUGGUAGUGGCAUUAAGAAGUCAAAUAAUAACUGUGGGCAUGGCAGGCCAUUGACGAGACAGAGAACUCAGAAAUUUGAGAAGGAAGUGGAUGGGGUAAAAGCAGGAGAGAGUUAUCACUCUGAUGUUGAGACAAGGAAGGAGGCAAAUCACAAGCAUGAGUCACCACCCAAGAUGCAUCUCAAUGAUGGGGUUGAGAAGAAAGCUGUUGAUACCGAAAUGGGAGGAAGCGAUCCCUUUGAUUGUGAGUCAAGGAAGAAGUUCAUGCAUCAGCGUGGGAGGCCGCCUAAAGUGCAGGGCAGUGAUGAGUUACCAAAUAAACUAGUUGAAUUGGAAAUGGAAGGGAUUGAUCAAUGUAAAAGCAAGGUAAAGGAAGGUGUGAUCCGUAAGCGUGGAAGACCAGCAAAGCUUCAGGGUGGUAGUGAGGGUUUGAAGGGGAGGAUUAUAGAUGGGAGAAAAAAGUUGGUUGGGCUAAAAAGAGGUAGAAAGAAGUUGAGGAGGAAUUUAAAGAUUAAUAUGCCUGCUAAUACUUCAUAUGCAGAGAAGUUACUGAUUGGGAAAGAAUCAAAUCUAAAGAGGUCUGCUAAUAAGGAUAAAUUUGAUUUUAUUGAAAAGAAUGAGAGCAAGGCUUCACUAAUGUUAAGACCUAAGGUUGUUACAGUGGAAGGCAAUGAAACGGGAGUAAAGGAAGCCGGAGAUGAAGGGGAACUGAGAAGGUCAAAAGUAAAACAAGCUUUGAGAGAUCGAAUAGUGAAUAUGCUUAAAGCAGCAGGUUGGACAAUUGAUUACAGGCCCCAGAAUAAUAAAGAGUACAACGAUGCAGUGUAUGUUAAUCCUGAAGGAAGGACUCACUGGUCAGUAACGUUGGCCUACAGGAUGCUUAAAAAGAAUUAUGAGAAGGGCUAUUCGAAGGUUUGUCCUAAUGGUUUCGUAUUUACUCCGAUUCCUGAAGAAGAACUUAGCAUCCUAAAAAGAAUAGUUCUAAAGAAAAGGGUCGGAAAAAGAAGCAAAAAGGGGAGGAUGACGAUACAGAGGAUGAUGGACGAGUUAAAAAGAAAAAAUAAGCGAAAAAGGAAAUGGGAGGACAAUGCCAAAAAGAAAAAACAAAAGGUCCCAAAAGAGAAGCUUUCACUUCAUGAAGAGAUGAAUUCUGAUGGUACUUUACAAAGGGGAACACAAGUAUCGAGCAGGAAGCGUAAACUACAGCAGACACAAAAGAGAAAGCGAUAUGCUUUGUUGGUUCGCAACUCUAUGGAUGGAGCUGAAUCUGAUAGUGGUGGUUAUGUGCUAUAUGAAGGAAAACGAACUCUGCUUUCUUGGAUGAUUGAUUCGGGAACUGUUCCACAGGAUGGGAAGGUGGAAUAUUUUAUUCAAAAAAGAACACGUACUUGUGAGAGUAUUUCUGGUAAGAUAACUAGGGAUGGCAUCCAAUGCAACUGUUGUAGUGAUGUCUUCACCAUUGCAGAGUUUGAAACUCAUGCGGGGAUCAAAGUCCAUCGACCUUUUCAGAAUAUAUGUUUAGAAACAGGAGUUCCCCUGUUGCAAUGCUUAUUAGAUGCAUGGAACAAACAAAAGCAGUCUGAUCGUAAGGGCCUCCAUUUUUUGGAUUUUGGUGGUGAAGACCCAAAUGACGAUACCUGCGGUAUUUGUGGGGAUGGUGGUGAUUUGAUAUGUUGUGAUAGUUGCCCAUCAACAUUCCAUCAAAGUUGCUUAGAUAUAGAAGCAUUCCCUUCAGGAAACUGGAACUGUGUCUAUUGUACAUGCAAAUAUUGUGGAAUGGUUGGAAACGCACGCCAAAUGGGCAAAGAUGAUGAUGCAGUUCCUACAGUUCUAACAUGCCAUUUAUGUGAAGAAAAAUAUCAUGAACCAUGUAUUCAGCCCACGGAUGCUUUUGAUGAUGUUUCAAGUCGUGCAUUCUUUUGUGGGAGGAGAUGCAAAGAGUUGUUUGAGAGACUUCAGAAGCUAGUUGGGGUUAAACAUGAACUUCCAGAAGGUUUCUCAUGGACCCUUGUUCAGCGCUAUGAUAUCAGGUCAGAUGUUUGUCUCAAUGAAGCAUAUCAGAAGGUUGAAUCAAAUUCAAAGCUAGCUGUUGCAUUAUCCGUGAUGGAUGAGUGUUUUUUGCCUCUUGUUGACCACAGAAGUGGGAUCAAUCUGAUUCAUAAUAUUGUCUAUAAUUUUUGGUCAAACUUCACUAGGCUAAACUACAGUGGCUUUUACACUGCAAUUCUAGAAAGGGGGGAUGAGAUUAUUUCUGCAGCAUCUAUCAGGAUCCAUGGGAACCUGUUAGCCGAGAUGCCUUUCAUUGGGACACGGUAUGUCUAUAGGCGUCAAGGGAUGUGUUGCCGGCUUCUUUGCGCGAUUGAAUUUGCCCUCAGCUCCCUGAAUGUUGAGAAAUUAGUCAUACCUGCCGUCCCAGAACUGAGGGAAACAUGGACUUCUGUCUUUGGUUUCGAACCACUAGAAACUGCAUGCAAGUCGAAGAUGAGUAACAUGAAUAUGCUGGUCUUUCCCGGUGUAGAUAUGUUACAGAAACCUAUGCAGACACAUGUUAUGAAGGAGCAGAUGACAGGUGAGGCAUCCUCUAAAUCUGGAAAGAAGUGCCCAGUUAUGUUUGAUUUGAAUGUGUCUGCCGAGAGUCCUGCACCUGAAACAGAUGAUAGAAAUGAACCCGCUGCUGUCGAAUCUACAAUGCCACUUUCUGAUGACACCUUGAAAUAUACUUCUCAUAUAAUGGCUGAUACUAUAAAUCUUCCCGAGACCAGUACUGUUUCUUCAUCUUGCAUUCCAGCACCCGAUGAAAGUUUUGUUAAACGGGACCUUGAUUCUAAGCAUGAAGGUUCUAUCAAAGACUCUGAUAAUAUUGUCCAUGCUGACAAUGAAGCGGCAGUUGUUCAUGCGCCGGAUUUUGGUAAGGAAAUUGUUUCUAAUGGUUUCGAAGGUACAGUUGAGAUAUCUGUGGAUGCAAAUGACUUGAAGCACCAUGAGAGUUCAAAAUUACAGAUUGUAGAAUGUGUUUCCGGUGUUGAUAAGACAGUCCUGUCUGAAUUAGCAAAAGAUUGCCAAGCUACUUCCAAAAGUGCCACCAACCAAACUUCUCCAUCAUCUUUCCGAAGUGCUCAACAAGCUGCAAAUGGCCAUUAUAAUGCUGCAUCCAAUGUCAGUACAAGUAGUCCUUCCCAACAGGGUGACAGAUGGAAACUUCCGGAGAAGUCUCGGCUCCAAUUGAUGUAACUUCCCAUACAGAUUGCAAUGAUGCUUCCAUAAACGAAAAAUUGCAGCAGUGCAUGCGCAUGUCCACAGAGAUCGUCUCAGCAGGUUCUGAGGUUGCCAUUACUAACAUUACUGAUCAGAUAAACAUCAACUGCAACACAGUCUGAUAUAUCUGAAAGGUAAUAUAUUUACUAAUAUGACUCAGUUGAAUAUACCAAAUCCCCUGAGCACCCUUUAUUGAGUUCUCAAGUUGACCGUGAUUAUGGAACUUAACGAAUUCUAAAUUCUGGAGUGACUCUUCACCAUGUUUCCAUCAGAGGAGUGAAUCAUACGAUAAUCCGAGGUGAUAGUUUUGUUUAACCAAGCUCCUUCUGUUUCGUUAUAUGUUAUUUAGUACGAGUGUCCAUUUUUGAAUGGCAGCUACUAAUCAAGGUACUAGAUUUCUGUAUGCUUAGUAUAGAGUUUCUGAUGGUUAAAAUUAUGAAAGAAUUAACAAUUGGAGCCUGGAUUAAUGGAUGCCAUGGAAGGCUAGCUUUAGGGAUGCAUACGGUGGCUCCCCCCCCCCAUCUGUGUACAG